CCACCCCGGCUCCCCUCGCCCGGCUGGAGGGCAUCAAGGUGGGACACGAGCAGAAGGUCCAGCUGGUGGCCGACCGGGACCACUUCAUCCGAACCCUCAGCCUCAAGCCGCUGCUCUUCGAAGUCCCGGGCUUCCUGCGCGAUGAGGAGUGUCGGCUCAUCAUCCACCUGGCACAGAUGAAGGGGCUACAGCGCAGCCAGAUCCUGCCCACCGAGGAGUACGAGGAGGCCCUGGGCACGAUGCAGGUCAGCCAGCUGGACCUCUUCCGGCUGCUGGACCAGAACCGGGACGGCCGCCUGCAGCUCCGUGAGGUUCUGGCCCAGACUCGCCUGGGGAAUGGACGCUGGAUGACGCCAGAGAACAUUCAGGAGAUGUACUCUGCGAUCAGGGCUGACCCUGACGGCGAUGGAGUGCUGAGCCUGCAGGAGUUCUCCGACAUGGACCUGCGGGACUUCCACAAGUACAUGAGGAGGCACAAGGCGGAGUCCAGCGAGCUGGUGCGCAACAGCCACCACACGUGGCUGUACCAGGGGGAAGGCGCCCACCAGGUCAUGCGGGCCAUCCGCCAGAGGGUGCUGCGCCUCACCCGCCUGCCAGCCGAGAUCGUGGAGCUCAGCGAGCCCAUGCAGGUGGUGCGGUACGGAGAGGGCGGCCACUACCAUGCCCACGUGGACAGCGGGCCUGUGUACCCAGAGACCAUCUGCUCCCACACCAAGCUGGUGGCGAACGAGUCGGUGCCCUUCGAGACCUCCUGCCGCUACAUGACCGUGCUGUUCUACCUGAACAACGUCACCGGCGGGGGCGAGACGGUCUUCCCUGUCGCCGACAACAGAACCUACGACGAAAUGAGUCUGAUUCAGGACGACGUGGACCUCCGGGACACCCGGAGGCACUGUGACAAGGGCAACCUCCGUGUGAAACCCCAGCAGGGCACAGCGGUCUUCUGGUACAACUACCUGCCCGACGGGCAAGGCUGGGUGGGCGACGUGGACGACUACUCGCUGCACGGGGGCUGCCUGGUCACUCGUGGCACUAAGUGGAUCGCCAACAACUGGAUCAACGUGGACCCCAGCCGAGCGCGGCAGGCGCUGUUCCAGCAGGAGAUGGCGCGCCUGGCCCGCGAAGGGGGCGCCGACGCGCAGCCAGAGUGGGCCCUGGACCGGGCCUACCGCGACGCGCGCGUGGAGCUCUGAGCGAGGGGUCAGGCUCGGCCCCGCCGCAGGUCGCCCGCCGCCCACGGUGGGGCUCUGCAGCUCCCCGUCCAGCUUCAAGCCAAAGGUCUGGCCGACGUUUUGCCCCCCCCACACCCGCCUCCAGCCGCGACCAGGGCACCGCACCGCCAUCCGCGUUAUUUAUUGUACAGACCCUGCCGCCCGUCAAAUAAAACCAACCGGCUGCGAGCCGGGCCGAGGA